UUCAAAUUGUAAUGGAUAGAAAAGUAAUCAUUACUUUACAGCUCUGAUUGUAAUUUUGACAUUUGUACGAAGCCUAACCGGCGCAUCUUGAGGCUCACACUCAGGGCCGGCGUCAGGGGGGGGACGCGGUCGAGCAACCGCCCAGGGCACCAGAUUUUUGCGAGCGUCGCAGUCCGGUGUAGAUUAGUAAAGCUGCUAUAUAUUGUAGUUUAAUAAUCUUUAUAAUCUAGUGUAGACUGUUUAAAUUAACCGCGCAAUGUAUGAGUGUGUAGUUGAGCGAAUAAGACGAGCGGGGAUGAGAGAGAGGGAGAGAGUGUUUGUAAACAGGCGAAAUGCCGAGCAACGGCAAAAUAAUUCGGAAGAUUGUAGAAGAUUGCGGAAGAAUACAGAACGAGAGAGAAAUAAGGUCAGUUGUAACAGAAAUUAUAAGAGUCGCGAAGAUUUUACAUUAACUCAGGAACUUGAGAAGGAAAUUAGUCCUGAUAGCCCUAUCCAUCAUCGUACAAAAGCAAUCAAAGACCUAUGCGAUGCUGUACUUAAUCAACAAUGGGAAGAUAAAGCAGCUGAACGAUUAUGGUACUUAGUACAAGAUCUUUUGAGAAAAGAUGUACCCCGUGAAUACAGACAUGUGACAUUAAAUUUUUUACGAUGUCUUGUCCAAGGCCAAUAUUCUAAACUAUCUUCUCUUAUGAGAGUUAAAUUUUUUAUGGUUGUUAAAGAACAUAAUAUUCCAGAAGAUAUCGGACCUAGAUUGGAACUUUUGCAAAGCCUAACAGAAAAUGGAAAGGAUAUAGUACAUUUGGAAGAGAGAAUGGGUCCUUUUUUGUUAGAUUGGAUGCCUGUUGUAACAGCAGGUGAUGGGAAAAGAGGCUCUGAAUUUUUAUCUCUCCUUGUUAAUGUAAUAAAAUUCAACUCAGCUUAUAUAGAUGACAACAUAAUAUCAGGCCUUGUUCAGUACAUUUGUCAUCUGUGUUAUUAUAGCAAUAGUACUGAAGUCGUGUCUGGGUGUUUGGAAACUCUAAAUGCAAUUGUUUGUUACAGUAAUUUACAGUCUGAUUCAUUACAAACUUUUAUUAUAGCGCUAUGUGGAAGUGUAAAUGUUGAAACGUAUUGUCAAAUAAGUUGGAAGAUAAUGCGUAAUUUAUUAGGAACGCAUAUGGGUCAUUCUGCACUAUAUACUAUGUGUCAUUUAUUACAAGAUGCAAAUUUUCAACGAGAUGUACGUUUGCUUAGAGGUGCAGUAUUCUAUGUAAAUAUGGGUCUCUGGGGCACACAUAGAAUUCGAAAACUAGAAUGUACACCCACAUCUGUAUUACCUUCGUUCUAUCAAGCUUUAAAAUGUAAUCAUCCAAUCGUUAUGUAUGAAGUUACAUUAUCAAUUCAAAGACUAGUGAACAAAUAUGGUGCUGAAUUAUGGGAUCCUACAUGGAGUAUUAUUCUUGAUAUUAUAGAGGAAGUUAUUUCUCAUACAGAGACUAGUAAUCAGCCUGCAACUAAACAAGUUUCAAUGAGUUUACACGAAACAAUAAAUAGCAUUGAGAAUUUACUGGAUAACGGCCAUUACAAUGGUUGUGUUCAACGAUUUUAUGAUCUCGUUGAACGUUGCAGCGAUACACGACCUGAAGGAUCUGUUUUGAAAUUAAUUGAAUAUCGAGCACAUACUAUAGGACCUACUCAUUAUCAAUGGCAAUCUAGAUUAGCGAAUUUGAUGGAACGUUAUUACAAAAUUGAAACACGUACCAAUGUUAGAAUGAAAGUUCUUGAUGUUUUUACAAGUGUCAUUCAAAUCAAUAGAUCCAGGUAUGAAGACGAAUUGAUCGAACGAAUAGUUAUGCCAUACUUUCAACAUGUAGACAUGGAUUCAGAUAUCACAGUUCGUAAUGGCGUCACACAUUUACUUGUUGAUCUUUGUUCUGAAUGCGAUACAAAACGAUGUUUAGAACUUUUAGAUGUAUUAGAAAAGUUGAUCAACAAGCCUUUUUAUUCUGAUACUCCAAUUAUGAAGGACACUGACAUUAAAGAUGCGAAGACUGCAGUUCUUGGUGUAAUAAAAAUAUUGACGUUAAAAAUUUAUUCUUUACCAUCAAGUCAUGCAAUACGUGCUUAUAAGGUUUUAGUGAAUCAUCUUGAACACCAUUAUAAGGAUCCAUCUGUCUUCCAUGAUGUUUCUACAAUUCGAUAUCUGAUUUUUGAGUGUUUCUUAAAAAUUAGAGCAAAUACACUAUAUCAUCUUGGAUUUCCGGAUGCACAAAAUACGUCUGUAACACGGUUCAGUCCAUAUUUAGUGUUAGAACAUGCUGCAAUUGAACGAAUGAAUAGUGGAGGUGGUGGAAAUAGUCCACCGCCAGCAAGUCCAGCUCCACUGCAACAUUUAUCUUGUCAGAUUACUCAUAUGUCGUUGGCACAUGCGUGUAAAGCUAUUAUUUCCUGUAUUAAAUCAGAGAAAGAUUGGAAAGUUUUGCAACUUGUAUUAAAAGAGUUACCUCAAGUAAUGCAAAAUAGAGCAUUGGUAUUAUCGCGCCAUACUAACGACAUUGACUACUUUGCAGCCGCACUUUGUUCAAUGGUCAGUGAUAAGAGCUUAAGACUUCCAGAAUCUUUGUACAAUGUUCCUCCAAAAUUUACUAUUUCUGAGUUUCGCGUUCAUGUUUUCCCAGUAUUAGCAUCGUUAGCCUCAUAUCAUGCACAUCUGGAACCUAAUUUACAGCAACGUUUAAUAAAAUGUUUAGAGGUUGGUUUAACAGCAAAAUGCGCAAGUCAGUGUGUUACUAGUCUUACAACUUGUAUAUUAGAAAUGCGUGAUGCAAUGAACAAACUUUUAUCUGAGGUCCUCUUAAAUCUGUCAAAAAUUUCAGCAACAGUGCACAUAGCUAUACCAAUUUUGGAAUUUUUAUCUACUCUUACUAGACUUCCAAAGGUUUUUGCAAGUUUUAUCGGAGAUCAAUACAUGUCUGUUUUUGCAAUUCUAUUACCAUAUACAAAUCCAUUUAAAUAUGAUCAUUAUACAGUAUCAUUGGCACAUCAUGUAAUUGCUGUAUGGUUUUUGAAAUGUCGAUUACCAUUUCGAAGAGACUUUGUGAGAUUUAUUACAACAGGCUUGAAGGCUAAUGUAAUAGUUCCCUUUGAAGAAGGACAUUUAAUGAAAUCAGAUUUUAAUUUUAUGAAUGAAGAUUCAUCAAAUAGAAAACGUAGUUCAAGUUUAACAGAACAGGGCAGUAGAGGUCGAAGAGAGAGACCAAUAAUAGCCAAUCGUAUGAUAGGUGAUGGGAAAGCUUCAGACUUGAAACCGCCAAUCGAUGAAGCUUUAAUGACCUUUCACGUCGAACUUACCGAAACUUGCAUCGAUCUUAUGGCUCGAUAUACAUUUUCAACGUACUCGGCUCGACCUAAGAGACUUCCAACUGCUGACUUUCUCCUUAAGGAAGGUCAAUCAAUGACAUGGCUACUUGGUAACAAACUCAUUACUGUAACGACAAGUGGUUGUAGUAAUAAAGCAAUGCGCGGAGGACUUUGCGAUAACUGUUGGGUUGCAUGUAAACCCGGCCCUCAAUCACCAGAACAUGCAAGAACGUCUCAGUCAAACUUAAGACGGGCAUCAAGUACAGAGACAGCGAAGGAGGACAAAUUGUCUAGGCAAUCUUCUGGAGGUCAUGGAAGCUCUACUGCAAACACUGCUGCAAACUCUCCAACGGAAGAAUUAAAGAAAGCAUCGGACGAUUUAGACACAACCAAAAGAGAUUUUACUUUAGAAAAGACGGACAAAGAUCAAGUUGAGUCAUUCAAAUUGGAGCAAAUACUUAACAGUGAAAAACCAGAAGAACACGUACUUUGCGCUUGCUGGUGUCAAGGUUGGGCUGAAAUAUAUGUGCGGAGACCUACAGGCGACAUGUCCUGGAUAAUGAGAAUCCAGAAUUCUAUGCAAUUUGAAACUCACGUAGACUUUCCCGUAUAUGACAUAAUGGCUUUAUAUAGACCAAACCAGGAUUUAUCGCAUAAACAACAAGAAUCUACGUCAGAAUAUUCUGGAGACGAAGCAGAGGAUACAGCGGAUAAGAAUGCAGAUCAAGUACAAAGUGAUCAUAGUAGCCUUAUGAAAUCUGUGACGUCAUCUUCUGUAUCAUCGGGUCCAAUUGCAAUACCGGGUUCACCAGCACGACCAAAUCCUUCGAGACAAAGUUCUCGCGACAGUUUAGAAAGUUUAGAAGACGGUGAAGAUGAUGUACGACGUUCUCGAAAUCCAGUGCGUAGAUCAAAUUCUAGUCCUGAAAUGAGCGCUAAUUGGAAAAACCCAUUCUUAAAUAAGGAGAAACUAAAUUUGCAACAAACAGAUCGAGAGCUUUCAUCUGUGGAUUUAGAAAUUAAAAUUGAUGCCGAAUUAAAGAAACAUGCAAAAACCACCUAUGCAAAAGAUAUGAGAGUCAGUUGCGAAGCUAUACCAGAAGAAAUGUUCGGCAUGGGUACAACCCCGCCAUCAUCGGAGAUUGCAUCGGAUCAUCCAACUGCAUUGAAAUCUCAACGUUCUUAUCCAGGAGCAACGCAAGUAACACAAGUUAUUACAACGAGUAGCAAUACUGUCCCACCGUCGCCGACUACUGUACAAGUACAAGGAACUACCUUAUUUUUGGGAGUGCAGGCUCGUGCGGCGCAAAUACAAUCCUCUACUGUAAAACCGCCGCAAUCACCUACCCAAAUUUAUCCUCGGUUAUCUAAUCUUGAUUCUGGACAGAAACAAACAACAUUAGGAGCAGAAAAUAAACCACCCCAUGGACGAAAUCAUCUUGCGGAGAAGCAAAAAGAUGAACGACCUGAUCCCUCCAUGUUACCGCCGUUACCUUUACCAUUCCGUGAUAGGGGUCAUACAAUUUCCGUAAUGAGUCCUGUAAAAAAAUCACGUGCAGAAUGGGAUAAUAUUCGCAGAGGAAAUUCACCACGAGUAAAAGAUCCUCCUAAAACUGGUAUUAAUCCCAGUUUCGUGUUUUUGCAACUAUAUCAUACAGCGCAUUUUGGCUCUCCUUCGGAAAAACCCUUACUAGUUCCACAAACAACAGCUGUGCAAAGAGCGGUGACAAAUCUAGAUAGAAUACAGCCGUAUGAAACUCAUAAAAUUGGAGUUCUUUACGUUGGUCCAGGGCAAGCUUCCAAUGAAACUGAAAUUUUAGCUAAUCAACACGGAUCGUUCCGAUAUACAGAAUUUUUACAACGAUUGGGAACGUUAGUGCGAUUAAAAGAUGUCGAUGAAAGUGUAUUCUUAGGAGGACUAGACCGCAAUGGCGAAAAUGGAAACUUUGCAUAUAUUUGGCAAGACGAUGUCACACAGGUGGCAUUUCAUGUGGCUACUUUGAUGCCAACAAAACCAAGCGAUCCAAAAUGUACUUCUAAAAAACAGCACAUUGGAAAUAAUUAUGUUACCGUCGUUUAUAAUGAAUCUGGAGAACCGUAUAAUAUACAAACUGUAAAAGGACAAUUUAAUUAUGCGUGUGUCGUAAUACAACCCUUAGAUCACGGCACUAAUCAAGUUACAGUUCAAGUGAAAGAAGAGUUAGCAAAGCAUAUUCGCCAUAGCGAACCUAAAAUUAUUUCUGAUCAAAAUUUAGCAAUUUUAUCUCGACAGCUUGCACUUCAUGCUAAUCUUGCUUCGAUGGUUUCAUCGUCUUUAGAACAAAACAGUCAUAAUCCAUAUGCUUCAAAUUGGCUAGAGCGUUUACGACAUAUUAAACGACUCCGAAAUCGUGUCUUACAAGAAUCCAUAAAUAAUAAUCCGGAUGGAACAUCUGACGAUUUAUCACCUAGACCGAAUAAACGCGUUUACAUGGAUGAUUUUACCGAAUACACAACAUGAUUUAAUUUCAAUACAAAAACUACAUAAAUGUUACUACACUUGUAAUUUAUAUUCGUUGUAAACUUAUAUACUUUGAUGAUACAAUAAUUAAGCACUCUUUAUGCGAAUCCUAAAAAACAACCAUUAUUACGUGGUUUUGAAUAUUAUUUGAUUUUGAAUUUCGAAUGAAACUUUUAGGUUUUCAUAUUGCUUAGUACUCAGCUUUAAUGUCUUGAAAAAUACAAUAUACUUUCGAUAGA